AUGAACCGUACUCAGACCACCACCACUCAAAUUCCUUACGCUGUCCUCAACCUGCGAGGUGAAGGCUCGGAGGACGAACUGACUCGAUCUCGAAACGUCGGACCUCUGAAAUACAAUGGCUCACUUGAGCAGUACGAGCAUUUCGAUGUCACUCCUGUCAUCGGUCGAGAAUUCGCCAAGGACUUGCAGCUUGUCGACAUCCUCAACGCCGACAACUCGGACGACCUGAUCCGUGACCUGGCCGUCUUGAUCUCCCGCCGAGGUGUCUGUUUCUUCAGGGACCAAGAUAUUUCCGGCGAGCAGCUUAUCCAGCUUGGUCACAAGAUCGGUCAGCUCUCUGGACGUCCCUCUGCUUCCGGACUUCAUGUACAUCCCUUGACCGAAGAUACCCCAGAGCUGGGAAGCGGGGUCUUGGCCGAGAUCUCGAGCGACAAGCAGAAGAAGGGCGGCGGGUUGAGGCAGGCGUAUGAUGACAAGUCGACUUAUGCUUGUACCGGAUGGCACUCGGAUAUCACUUUCGAGAACAACCCUUCGGACUAUGCGGCGCUCAAAAUGCACACCUUGCCCGAGACUGGUGGCGACACUAUGUGGGGUUCGGCAUACGAAGUCUACGACCGUAUCAGCCCCCCUAUUCAGAAACUCCUUGAAGGUCUUACCGCUACACACGAUGCCAACUUUUUCCACGACGAGGCUCGACGAUUGGGAAUCCCCAUUAAAGCCGUCGGCAGGGGUCAUCCCAUGAACCAGGGAGAAGACCUCCGGGCGGUUCAUCCAGUUGUGAGGACGAACCCGGUCACGGGCUGGAAAGGGUUGUUCGUAAACUAUGCGUUUACGAAGAGGAUUAACGAUGUCACGCGGGACGAGAAUGACUUCCUCAUGAAGUACUGUCACGACCUUCUCGCGCUGAACCACGAUCUUCAAGUCCGAUUCCGUUGGACGAAGAAUGCCGUCGCCAUCUGGGACAACCGAUCGACAUAUCAUACGGCGACCUACGAUUACGAUGCUAAGCGGGCGGGCGAUAGGGUCUGCUCGGUCGGAGAGAAGCCUUACUUUGACCCUAAGAGCGUCAGUAGGAAACAGGCGUUGAAGGCUGAGGGCAAGGCCUGGUAG